GUGAAUGCAGAGACCUCUGUGACAGCACAAUUUAAAAGGUGCCCAACACAUUCCUCUACAAACUACAAAAUGCAGCACCCUGAAUAACUAGCAGGACAGCUUCUAAAGUGGCCACUCUUGACCAGUGCGUUGGUUCGUUGGUUCGUGUGGUAAGCUUGUGGUGGAUUUCCUGGAAGGCUGGUGUGAACUGACUCGAAAGAUGGGACUGUGGAUGUUCCUCAAGCUGGUGUGACUCUAUCAAGACACUUUGACGUUGUCCAACUCAAGAGCACAGGGAGGAAAUGCCAAGACCGGUGGCUACAGAUGUCUUCAAUUCCAAAAAUCUGGCCGUUCAGGCACAAAAGAAGAUCCUGGGUAAAAUGGUAUCCAAAUCCAUCGCCACCACCUUGAUUGAUGACACCAGCAGCGAGGUGCUGGAUGAGCUGUACAGGGUGACCAAGGAGUACACCCAGAACAAGAAGGAGGCAGAGAGGGUCAUCAAGAACCUCAUCAAGACCGUCAUCAAGCUGGCCGUUCUCCACAGGAACAAUCAGUUCAAUCAAGACGAGCUGGCCUUGAUGGAGAAAUUCAAGAAGAAGGUGCACCAGCUUGCCAUGACGGUUGUCAGCUUCCACCAGGUAGAAUACACCUUUGACCGCAAUGUGCUGUCCAGGCUGCUGAACGAGUGCCGAGAGCUCCUGCACGACAUCAUUCAGCGCCACCUUACCGCCAAGUCUCACGGACGGGUUAAUAAUGUCUUUGAUCAUUUUUCAGAUUGUGAUUUCUUGGCUGCCCUAUAUAAUCCCUUUGGAAAAUUUAAACCUCACUUACAGAAACUUUGCGAUGGCAUCAACAAAAUGUUGGAUGAAGAGAACAUAUGAGCUUGUGAAGUAAGAUUGUGACCAGCAGCGGUUUAUGUGAAGUGGAGCACUGAUCAUUCAUAAAGGGAGGACGGAGAAUCUUUUAGAGAUCACAUGUAUUUCAGAAAGGCUUGGCCCCAUACGACCUGUUGUUGUUGGACAUUAAUAGUAGUACUUCUGUGUGGCUUGUUGUAUUUGAAAGAAAGAAAAAAGCACAUUGCCAAAAAUUCUGGCUGAAAACGUCUUCAUGAAUGGCAGGAUGUGGGAAAAAUGGACGGUUGGUCAUUCAGAUGUUGAGGGAUACAAAGACAGAUGAGUGUGGCCCCAAGCACUGGCACUUCUUGUGUUUUAGGGGAAUUGUGUUGGUGGCAUGUUGGAUAUUUCUAAUAUGUAUAAAGCUGUGUAUCUUGACUCACCUUGAUCCUUUGCUAUGUCUGUGUAUCUCUCUUAAAAUGCCAAGAACCUCUCUUUGCUGUCAUUGAUCCUUUUGAAACAAUUUUGCUUCUUUGGUUACAGAUUGUCAUCAAUUAAAUCAGGAAUUAAAUCUGAGGCAGUCAAACCGAAUGCUCAGGAAAGCAGAAAACUGUGCGUCUGAAAUCAUGACUGUGGAAAUGAACAAUCUUAGACAUCAUGAGGAAUGUCCAUUGCAAGAGUGUGCUUUUUGAAGCUGAGUUCUACCUUUUAGUACCAUCAGUGAUACUUAGAGUCUCAAAACUAGUGGCAUGGUAUUGCCUUGAAAUACUUGCUUAGGGCCUAACUUUGAUGUCAUCUUGAACAUGUGCUGACAUGUUCUGGUAUUAACAUUCAUUUCACCUGUAGGAAGAAUAAAUGUCUAGAUUGGCUUUGAUAUUGAGACAAUAAAAUAUAAGUAGCAUUUCAAAAAGAAAAACAAUUCUUGAGUUUCAAGAUGAACUCAUCAGACUGAUUUAGGGGUAAAAGGAUAGAAAGGACAUUGCUAAGUAAUGGAAGAAAGACGCAUGCAUUUCAGUUUGUAAUGGGGAUUGAUGAAUAAAAGAUGCCAUUUUUUAUUUAA